UUUCUUGGUUUUUGCGAUUGGGGCGCUCCCUCCUGUUCUUGAAAUUGGGGUUCACCAAUUGGCUCGCGACGCGUCUGGGUUAUCUUCUUGGCGUUGUUUGUACGGCUCAGGAUGAAUUGGAAUCGAAUAAUGCGUUGUGUGUUGCAGCAUUGUGGGUUUCGGCCGUUUGGGGUUCUUUCUUUGGUCGAUCCGACCUGACGCGUGGGGCAGCAGCAAAUAGCUUGUCAGUUCUUGAUUAGUUUCAGUAAAUAUAAAGAUGGGUGAUAUUCUUGCUUUGUUGCGUUGGAUUGAGUUUUGUAGUAUGAACAGAAGAACAUGCUUACCUUUGUGCUGUUUUGAUAGGAUUGUGGCAUUUCACUUUUGUUUGUUCUUUCUUUGGGUCCAAUUCAUCAUAUCACUAGUAUGUUUUGGAUUCGCCAAGUAGACAUAUUCAUGUGAAUUCUUAAUUAAGACAAAGAAGAAGAAAUUUUCCCUGAUUAACAUUUGGUUUAUCCUGCUUCGUAUGAAUAAAUUUUCCUACUUGGUUGGUCGUAUGGUAGAUUGUUCCUUCAUUCCAUUGUUCUUUCUGGAUUCAAUUUGUUGGUUUGUUUGCUUGAUAAGAAUUUUAACACGUGUGAGGAGAGACGGGCAUUUAUUUCCCUGCUUAUUGUGAACAAAAGUUGUCAUUGAUCGGGCCAUUGCAUAUUUGUACUAUCUCUUUCUUGUUUCACUGAAUAGUUCGGCCCAUAUGAAUUCUCGCUAACUCUGAAACAUGAGACAGAAGUAUUACUUGUCUACCUUAUGAUUACUCAGUCUGAAAAAAGUAUAGCAGAAUCUGUAGAAAUCAGGUUCCAUUCUUGCAUAAUUCAUCUUGUUGUUAGGAUUAACUUGCAGCAGCACAUAUUGCCAUCGUUCUUAAGACAGUGAUAAAAAGGACACAGAAAGUAAAAAAAAAAAAGGUAUGGAUAAAACACACACAUACAAUGGCGAUGAUGAUGUCAGCAGAGUCGCGAAGAAGGCAAUUUCAGAACGAGGCUAUGCUCCCAUAAAACAUCAUGCAUUUGAAUCAACAAAAUUCAGAUAACAGACAACGGUCAGAACUUAGAAAUAGUGACAAAUAAGUCUUUUUUUUUAUGAACUGUUGACUUGCUCGGUAUAGAACAAAAUAGGCCAUAUAAUAGAACAAAGUUAUUGAAAAAGACAAAAUUUGCCUUUGUAUUGGCUACGAUCGAUCUGUUGCCGAAAUGUUUGCAAAAUUCUGUCUUGUUUUUUGACGCAAAAAUUCUGACUUAGUCAAUUCUUGGCCAAAUCACGUCAACCAUUUUCAUCACAAAAGGAUGGAAUCAUAAGGUUUGGUGAAAUUUUGCAAAGAAAACUUUGCUGGUUUGGAUGAAGACAAUGUCACACAAAUUGCUGGUGUUAGCCAUUAGCAAGCAUUCUUUCAAGGAGUGCAAGUAUCUUAUUUGUCGCUAAACUUUUUGGUUAGAUAAUCGUUCACAUUUGCCGCAUAGCUCCCAAUUAUUUGUUAGUAGGUUAUACAAGUCUUGUCUCUUUGCUAGCUUCCAAGAAAGCAUUGGCUUUGUUCGCGUGGGCUCCAAUGGCAGGGUUGAAUCCUGAGGAUCUCACGGCAAAUGACCUCAAUGCUGCUGUCUAUCGCUACCUCCUUGAGUCAGGAUUUGUUUAUACAGCAUUCAACUUCUACCAUGAGUCACACCUUGAUAUACAUGACAUCGAGAUAAAGAAGAUCCCGCAGGGUACCCUAAUCAGAGUAGUGCUCAAAGGCCUCGAACACAUCGAGUUUCAAGCCAAUGCUGAUGUUGCCGAUGAUGAAAACUUCCACCAUUUCAUUGCUCUAGACCUACUCACCAAAGAUUUAGGUGAGCUGAAAAUGCAAAUUACUGGCCGUGCAAACCCUGAUUUUGUUGAGACUGCCAAAGAGAAAAAGAAUGACGCUGUCAAGACUGUCGAACCGCAUGGGAGCGAUUAUGCUGAGGACGCCAUACCGCGUCGGAUGCAGCCAAAGUGAAAAGCGAAGGAUUACUCUGUCCAGCUCACCGAAGUGUCAAGUUCCGAUUCUGAUGAGAUCAGCAGAGCGCAUAAGAAGCAGCUACUACAGAAGGCAAAGGCCACCGAAGUGCCAAAUACCACCGCAGUGCAUAGGGAGCAGCCUGUGCAGAGAGGGAGGGGGCAGAGGCGACGGCGAGGGCGAGGAGGAGGAAGAGGAAAAGGGAGAAUCAGAGAAUGUAAGUUUGUCCAUGGGUAAGGAAAUGCAAAUAUCAUGAUGAGGAGUGCAGCUCAAUUUAGAGGUUGAGUAUGUGAAAGUAGAUUUUACAGGAUUUGCUAGAGCAAGUGAGUAACCUCAAUUGAUGGCUAUGGGAUUAACAUUUUUUGCUCUGCUUAAAUUUUGAUCGAUUUUAUCUGAUGUGGGUUAUAGAGCGUAUCUGAUGUGCUUGAGAAGAAUAGUUACUGCUUUUCCAUGGUAUACUUGGCAACUCAUGUGAAAGGGAUUUUGACAUGAA